AUGGUGAGAACAAAAGCGGAUCGUGUACCUGUGAAAGCUGUUGGUAGCAAAGCACCAAGAAAACUUGCGAAAACUGCCACACCAGUUAAAAAAACAAGUAGCAGCAAAGGAAAGAGUUCAGGUGGUAAUGCAUAUCAUCCAAGAGAAACACCAGAAUGGCAAAAGCCUAUUACAUGUUUUCUUAAUCAAAAUUCUUUGACAGAAUCUACAAAUUCCUCAGAAAUGCAGGAAGGGAGAAAUGAAGGUACCAGCAAAGAAACAAGAAAUGAAUCAGAUUAA